AUGGCCGAUCAUCAUAAUGACGAAGAUGAGCACCAUAGACAAAAUGAAGAAGAAGGGCCCGUGUUUGAUGAGGAUAGCAUGGAUAUAUCGGAUCAAAUUGGUAGAGCGUUAGAAAAGUACACUCCUGCUUUACUCAAACGGUUGAAUGCAACAUUGGAAGGAGCAGUGAAUGAUCACAUUGCUCAAAUGAUCAAAGAAGAAGUUACGAUUAAUGUGCAACGAGAGUUUGAAAAAAGGGAUGCCAAGGAUAAAGGCAAAAAGACUGAGGAGGAGAAAGAUGUGGAAGUCAUAUUUGCGAUAGGUAUGCUAAGGAACGGUGGGAAGAGAUGGUGGGACGGAUUGUUGGCCAUCAAGAAGGGGGCUCUAGAUAAUGUGGAAUGGCCCGAGUUUAAGGCCAUGUUCUUCAAGGAGUUUCGGUCGGAGGCUGAAGUAAUGAAGUUGAGAAGUGAAUUUCUAAAUGAUUGUCAAGGCAACAUGAGCUUGAACGAAUUUCAAGCCCAAUUAUUGGACAAGGCUCAAUUUUGUCCGGAUGUUCUUGAAAAUGACCAAUUGCUCAAGGAGCAAUUUUAUUUGAAGUUGAGGAAGAAUAUUCGGGAGAAGAUUAGCUUGCGUCAAAUGGAAUCUUUCUUCAUGUUGGCGGAUGUGGCCCGAGAUCAUGAAAUUGAGAUGUCGAGGGUUGAUGAAGGUGUUUUGAAAAGAAGGUAUGAAAAUGUAAAUUCUCCAAGCAAGUGGCCUAGACAAGAGGGUAGUUCCGGUAACCACUCAAAUAGAAGAAAUGUUCCUUUUUGCCGCCAAUGCAAAAAGAAUCAUUCGGGGGUAUGUAAGGCGGCGGAUAAGGGCUGUUAUACUUGUGGGAAGCCGGGGCACACUAGUCGGGAAUGUAGGUCUAAACCUCAAAAACCCAUUAUAUGCUUCAAAUGCUUUGAGGAGGGUCAUAUGAGAAGCUCAUGCCCUAAGUUGACCGAGGAGGACAGACUCAAAGAAAGAAGGAGGGAGGCGGAGAGGAAGAACGCCCAAGUUCAUGGAAACCCACGUGGAAGAUCUUUUCAACUCACGGUGGAGCAAGCAAGAGACACGGAUGAUGUUGUCACAGAAAAUACUUUGCAAGUUGAGGUUGGUAAUGGUAGGACGGAAUUAGUGAAGGAUGUGUAUAAAGGGUGUGAAAUCAAAAUCUCUUCGGAACUCUUCCAAGCUAAUCUAAUUCCUUUUCCAAUGGGAGAGUUUGACAUAAUCAUAGGUAUGGAUUGGUUGAGCUCUUAUAACGCCAAGAUCGCAUGUGAUGAAAAAGCGGUAUAUUUGAAGACUUCUAAGGGCAAAGACUUGGUGGUUUACGGUGAUAGGAAAGAACGUUCUAUAUCUGUGUGUACUUUUGCUCGUGCCAAACGUUACAUAUCUCAUGGAUGUCAUGCUUAUCUUGCUCACAUCGUAGAUGUUGAGAAGCAACCCCUAUCUAUCGAAUACAUCCCUAUUGUUUACGGUGAUAGAAGUUGA